AUGGCCCUAUCUGCCUUCCGUCAAUUGGGAAAGAAAAUUGUCUGUGUCGGGCGUAACUAUAAGGAUCAUGCCUUAGAGCUUGGAAACCCAAUACCAAAAAAGCCUAUGCUCUUCUUGAAAUCGACGAAUGCUUACAUCGAAGAAGGUCAGCAGAUUGUCAUCCCUCCAGGGUGUGAAAACUUACACCAAGAAGUAGAACUUGGAGUUGUAAUAGCGAAAAAAGCUAAGAAUGUUGCCAAAGAGGAAGCUAUGUCUUUCGUGGGUGGAUAUGCUGUAGCUCUAGAUAUGACCGCCAGAGAUUUUCAAGACACUGCUAAGAAAUCAGGAGCUCCCUGGUUUUUAGCUAAAUCUUUCGAUACUUCUUGUCCAGUGUCCAAAUUUAUUCCCAAAGAAGACAUUUCUGAUCCUCACAACGUUGAAAUUUUCUGUCGCAUCAAUGGUAUAGACAAACAACGAUGCAAUACAAGCAUGAUGAUCUUCGAUAUUCCCACUUUGAUUGAAUAUGCGACAAAGUUUGUAACUUUGGAAGAAGGCGAUCUUCUAUUGACCGGGACUCCAGCGGGCGUUUGCAGAGUUUUGUCGAAUGAUGUUAUUGAGUUUGGAAUAUCAGACGGAAUCACAUCUACCUUUUCCGUCCAAUAA